AUGAUUGAGAAAAUGCCUUUCGCACAAUCCAAAGCUUCGGAUAUCAUUGAGUCCAAAGGGAAGAGGACUAUUGACCAAGUUGAGGGGACAUACUCGAAUGAACGAGAUGCAAAUGAACCGCCCGCUAAGCUGAGCAUCAAGAAGACAGAAGGCUCGAAAGGUACAUUGCCAUCAGAAGCUUCAGGUAACGCAAUUGGUACUGGUAGUAAGGAAGUGUGCAGACUGCCGCAGUAUAAUUUUCUGCGAUUUUGUUACCGGCACAAUCCAGAUAUGCAACAAUCUCCGACUAAUACUGCUCGGUUCAAACAGGAUCAGCAACGACGUACGAACCUGCACAACAAGAUAGACAAACUGCCCCCUGGAGACCAACGGCAGGUUCACGAUGUUCUAUCAAAUUUCCUUGGAUGUAACGAUAAAAUGCGCAAAUUGGUAUUGGAGGGCAUCCUCACAAACUGUUGCUUCCCGCAGUUGUCGUUUCUAGCAUCUGAGAUUCACAGUCUUAUAAAAAUUGAUUUCAUUAGCACGUUGCCGGAAGAGGUUUCGCUCAAGAUCCUUGGGUAUCUGGACUGUGAAAGUCUUUGCAACGCUACUCAAGUGUGCCGUAGAUGGAAACAACUGGCGGACGAUGAAAAGGUUUGGUACCAUAUGUGUCAGCAACACAUAGAUCGCAAGUGUCCCAACUGUGGGUGGGGGCUUCCAUUGCUACAUAUGAAGAGAGCUCGUUACAUCGACUGCGAGGAUACCAAGACGAGUUCAGACAAUCCCAGCGCUUCUGUCGCACCCAAGAACUACAAAAAGACGCGGCCGUGGAAGAUCAUUUACCGGGAACGAUUCCGGGUGGAAUCCAAUUGGAGAAAGGGCAUUGCUCGUGUUCAUGACUUUAAGGGCCACAUGGACGGAGUGCUGGCCCUGCAGUUCAACUAUCGUUUGUUAUUCACGGGAUCGUACGAUGCCACUGUGGCGAUCUGGGAUCUCGUUACGGGAAAGCUAGUACGGAGACUUUCUGGCCAUCGUGACGGGGUCAAAACGCUUUAUUUUGACGACCAAAAACUUAUCACCGGGUCGCUGGAUCAAACGAUCCGCGUCUGGAACUAUGUAACAGGAGCGUGUGUCUCAACCUACAGAGGCCAUUCUGACAGUGUUUUGAGCAUAGACUCCUACCGCAAAAUCAUCGUAUCUGGCUCAGCGGAUAAAACAGUCAAGGUGUGGCAUGUAGAAUCCCGAACCUGCUACACGCUGAGGGGCCACUCCGAGUGGGUUGGCUGUGUGAAGCUGCAUCCAAAAAGUUUCACCUGUUUCAGUGGUAGCGACGACACCACCAUUCGGAUGUGGGACAUACGAUCUAAUACAUGCAUCAAGGUGUUCCGUGGCCAUGUGGGACAGGUGCAGAAGGUCAUUCCUCUCACCAUCUCAGACCUGGAGAACCUGGUAGUGGAUCCACAGAGUGAUGUGGGGCACGCUAACGCAGGAAACGCCCCGGGCGAGGAAUCUGAAGAACAAACCGGCACAGCUGGAACGGAAAAUUCAGAGUCCACCCAGUUCACUCCCAUGGACGACUCUCUACCCUAUCCAACGCAUCUAUUGUCGUGCUCGCUGGACAACACCAUCAAAUUGUGGGACGUUCGUACAGGCAAGUGCGUGCGCACCCAUUUCGGUCACUUAGAGGGGAUCUGGGACAUCGCAGCGGAUACCUUUCGGAUUGUCAGCGGCGCGCACGACAAAACGGUCAAGGUGUGGGAUUUGCAGAGUGGUAAGUGCAUCCACACCUUUGAGACGCACCAGGCUCCCAUCACCUGCGUAGGGAUAGGCGAUUCUGAGUUCGUGAGCGGAGACGAGACAGGGUGCGUAAAGCUACACCGGUUCGACUAG